AUGAUUUUGAUGCAGUGGACAACAGCGUCGUUAGUGGCGUCAGGUGCUCUUUGCGCGACAUUAGGCGCUUGCUUCAGUCGGUAUAUUUUCUUCAAAGAAUCGCGAGAUCCUCAAAGCAGCUACGACUCUUUAGUGAAAGAGCUGGAGCAAGAAAUUGAGCGGCAGAAGCAUCUACGGGCGCAGGAACGGACCGGCCGGACCAACGCCGAGCGGGAGGCGCGUGAAGCUGUACAGCGGCAACAGGAGGCUGUAGGUUAUCAAUUGAAGGCUGUGGCCUAUGUGCAGUCAUGUUUUGCAGACCGACGCGGCACUCCGAGGCAAGGCGGCCUUGUGAAGAACUCACGAGCACGCAUCACGUUCAAGACGAGUAUCUCGCCGGCGUCUCUCGAGUGUCUGGAGCAAUUUAGCCACUUAUGGGUGCUCUUCGUCUUCCACGAAAACACGAACCUUGCCAAAGGAGCCGCUAAGUCCACAUUCCCAGCCAAAAUUGCACCUCCUCGACUUGCUGGGAAGAAAGUUGGCCUCUUUUCAACCCGCACGCCACACCGUCCGAACUCUGUCGGCCUUUCGGUCGUCAAAAUUGAAGCUGUUUAUGAUCGGUGCAUUGAGAUCAGUGGCCAUGAUCUUGUGGAUGGCACGCCAGUGCUCGAUGUGAAACCAUACGUGCCUGCAGACAAUGUGCUGGGCUAUGUUGUGCCAGAUUGGGUGGCUGCUGAGACAGAUGUGAUUGCAAGACCUGUCGAGUUCAUGGCGGAAGCUACGGCGUCACUGACAGAACUCGUGGACGCAAAGUUGUCGUCUUUCUACUCAAAUGUGGCAGAUUUGAAGACUGCGAUUGAGCAGAUGCUCGUCUUGGAUAUUCGUAGCGUGCACCAGGGACGCGGACAGACUGCUGCGGCCCAGCAGUUUCAGUGUCGUUUUGAUACCGUGCAAAUCGAGUUUACAACACUGGACGAAUGCAUCCGCGUGCUGAGCUGCACAUGUUAUACCAAGCCACAGCGGUCGCAUCUGGGCCUGCUAAAACAAUAA